AUGGCGACGACGGCGCACCCCUAUUGGCCGCGAUCGCUGCCGUUGCCGGGUUACGUGGCCAGCGAGCGUCCCGGCUGGCAGUGCGCGGGCGCGGUAGCGGCGGCCGGGGCGGGGUUACUGGCGCUGGGUUGGGCGCUGGGCGGGGCGAGAGGAGGGGCAACGAGAAGCCCCGCCCGCCGCCUGGCGCUGGGCUGGUUCCUGAUGUGCGCGGGGGUGCAUGGGAUUCUGGAGGGCUAUUUCAGCCUGCGGCACCGGGAGCUGCCCGCCGACACCGGUUUGCUGGCCGACGUCUGGAAGGAGUACGCCAAAGCUGACAGCCGCUACAUGACGAGCGAUGACUUCACGGUCGCCAUGGAGACAGUGACGGCCUGGGCCUGGGGUCCCCUCAGCUUCCUCACCUUCCUCGCCUUCCUGCGCCGCCACCCCACCCGCUACGUCCUGCAGCUCCUCGUCUCCCUCGGUCAGCUCUACGGGGACGUGCUGUACUUCGCCACUGAGGCUCGGGCGGGCUGGACCCACAGCGACCCGCGGCCCCUCUACUUUUGGGGCUACUUCGUGGGGCUGAACGGGGUGUGGGUGCUGGUGCCCGGCGCCCUCCUCAUCGACGCCUGCCGCAACCUGGCUGCCGCCCAGCGCGCCCUCGACCGUCCUCGCCACAAGGGCCACUGAGCCGGGACGCUAGCCGGGAGACGCCCCCCCACCGCCGAGGGGCUGCUCGGGGCGAAUUCGGCACUGGGGAGUCCUGGAGUAUUCCGGAGAUGGAUCGGGCGCGUGCCUGCGUCCCAUCGGGGUGAUUCUGGUGCUGGGGUUGUUUUCUCCCCCCCCCUCCAGCUCCGCAAGAGCUCAGGGACAGCGGCCUGAAUGCCUGGGACCCCCUGGGAGGGGGGGCUUCACCCUCAUUAGCGGGGU